GACCAGAAACCUACUUCCGCUACGGCUCCUGGAAGGGGUCAGUCCUGGCCGUUCUCGCGUCUGUCCCGGCCCGUCGCGGCCGCUCCGCCGCUUCUUUGCCCGGGCGCCUCGGUGCGCUCGGUCAACGGCCUCUGCGAGCGCUCACCCGAGUGCCCCGGAGCCGGCGGGCGGCGACCCUCUCUCCGGGGACUCUCCAGCAGGCCCAGGGGAUAAAAGUGGCUCUCACCCUAGCACAUGUGCAUCGGAGCAAUUUAAGGAGUUAAUAUGAAGCACAGAAGCAGAUAGUGCCAAAUAGCAAGCCUGUUGUUUCACAUUUCUGGAAAGCAGUGCCCGUGUUGUUAUGUACACCUCCAAAAACAGUUGAGCUCUGUAGGGAAGUGUUGUGUAAAGUAAACACCAGCAGGGUAGCAGUGUCCGUAGCUAUUGUAGACGUGUGUCUGCUCUGUUAAAAUGAGUAUGAAAACGGGCAGUGAGACAUCACUAGGAAGGGUGAGUGGGGCAGCAUUUCCUUCUCCCACUGCUGCUGAGAUGGCAGAAAUUAGUCGAAUUCAGUAUGAAAUGGAAUACACCGAAGGUAUUAGUCAGCGAAUGAGGGUCCCGGAAAAAUUAAAAGUAGCACCACCAAAUGCUGACCUGGAGCAAGAGUUCCAAGAUGGAGUUCCAAAUGCCAGUGUGAUAAUGCAAGUCCCAGAGAGGAUCGUGGUUACAGGAAAUAAUGAAGACAUUUCAUUUUCAAGACCAGCAGAUCUUGACCUUAUCCAGUCCACUCCCUUUAAACCUCUGGCACUGAAAACACCACCACGCGUGCUCACACUGAGUGAGAGACCACUAGAUUUCCUGGAUUUAGAAAGACCACUUCCAACUCCUCAAAGCGAAGAGCAGAGCCGAGCAGUUGGCAGGCUAAAAAGAGAGCGUUCUAUGAGUGAAAAUGCUGUUCGCCAAAAUGGACAGUUGGUCAGAAACGAUUCCAUGUGGCACAGAUCAGAUUCUGCCCCAAGAAAUAAAAUUUCAAGGUUCCAGUCAUUGAUUUCUGCACCGGAGUACACUGUGACACCAUCACCACCACAGGCUCGGGUCUGUCCUCCCCAUAUGCUACCUGAAGAUGGAGCUAAUCUUUCCUCUGCCCGUGGCAUUUUGUCGCUUAUCCAGUCUUCUACUCGUAGGGCUUACCAGCAGAUCUUGGAUGUGCUGGAUGAAAACCGCAGUGUGAGAAGACAAAAUGAGAUACGUUAUGAAAGACCUGUGUUGCGUGGUGGGUCAGCUGCCGCCACUUCUAAUCCUCAUCAUGACAACGUCAGGUAUGGCAUUUCAAACCUAGAUGCAGCCAUUGAAGGAGCUUCAGAUGACAUGACUGUGGUAGAUGCAGCUUCAUUAAGACGUCAGAUAAUCAAAUUAAAUAGACGUCUCCAACUUCUGGAAGAGGAGAAUAAAGAGCGUGCUAAAAGAGAAAUGGUCAUGUAUUCAAUCACUGUAGCGUUCUGGCUGCUUAACAGCUGGCUCUGGUUUCGACGCUAGAGGUAACCUCAGCAUUCACAUAUAUUGUCUCAACACCUGGAAAUAUAAAGGAUUUGCAAACUUCAUUGUUUCUGUCUUUGCAUCAUCGUAUGACGGCCCUGAAAAUGUAUUUCUCCAGAGUGCAGGGAAGGCCCUGUAUCUGUAGAGUGAAGGCCUGUGGUGCUGCUGAUGGGCGUUCAGCCAGUUGUGCAGUGGCACCUAUACACUCUCCUUUUGCAUGUCUUGUAAAUAGGCUCUAGGUUUGUUUUGUUUUUAAAGAAAAUAAUUUUUGUGGCCUCACCAGUCUGUACAGCUAAUUCUCUAAACAGAAAUGGCAGUCAUAAAGAGUGAGUUUAGAAAACUGUCUGUGAAAGAAAAGUGUUUUGUCCUGUUUUCAGAUGAUGAAGCGAUUUCUUUGAUAGAUGCUUUUUGUAUCUACAUCUCAACUGUAAUGCUUUCUAAGUCACAGUGCUGUGCAGGACUGAAGUCAAACCACCUGACUCUGCUUCAUCGCCUACCUGCACAGGCGGGGCUAAAAACUCCUAACAGUUCAGCAGUCUGUCUGUGUGCAAUGCUGUUUUGACUUUCAUCUUAGUUUUCUAUCAAGUAUGUUUUUACCAAGUCCAUGUGUGAAUGAUUUAAAAACCUAAAAAAUAAGGUAUAAAUGUAGUGUAUUUAAUAAACUGUCAACCAAA